AUGAAGGUUGAAAUUCAAAAUAUGAAAAAUAAUAAUCUGAUUCAUGGUGGAAUUGGUGAGGGUAGUAAUAAAAUACUGUAUAUAGUUGUUAUUGACGAUGCUGAGAAGAAACAGAAAGACAAAGGAAAAGAAUCGUUUUGCUACACGCGUUCCGUUUUGCAGAGUACUCUGCAACUUAUGGGAUGCAAAGCGCGACACGCAUUCAAGAUUAGCAAAACAGUUUUUGAACGCACAAAGAGCGAGAGUUCUACCGAUAUUUUGCAGCCUGAUGCAGCAGUUUCGUCAGGUCUUGACGCACCCAAGGGAAAUUUUGUGAAAAAAGAAGGCUGCAAUGCUGGUGUUUGCCUUGGUAAAGUAGACUUAGGAAGCAAAUCAUUUUUGGGGAAAGAUAAUAGAAGUAAGAGUAUACCAUUUGAGUUGUACAAAAGACGGACAUCUGUGUUUGUUCGGAGAGAAACAUUUCUAGAUAUUGCAUGUGAUGCUUUGGCCGAGUACAAAUACGUGGGUCCUAACCAUAGAGCAGACUUGGUUCUAGCCUGCAGACUCCGCGAGAGGAAGGAAUCCGUGACAGUGCUGUUGUGUGGCACUAGUGGAUGUGGCAAAUCUACGCUGUCUGCAUUACUGGGUAGCAGAUUGGGAAUCACAACAGUUGUAUCAACCGAUUCUAUUAGGCACAUGAUGCGAAGCUUUGCUAAUGAGAAGGAAAACCCUUUGUUGUGGGCUUCUACCUACCAUGCAGGCGAAUGUUUGGAUCCUGUUGCUGUUGCAAAAGCAAGGGCCAAAAGGAAAGCAAAAAAGAUGAAAGGUGUCUCGGAGUCACUUACCAAGGAUGAAGUGAUUGACAGUGACAAUUCUGUCAAAUCUGACUUACGAACGUCCGAGAUGAGCUCUAGUGCAACUGAGCUUCCAAGUCCUAAAGAAAUGGCUGUCGAAGGAUAUAAGGCGCAGAGUGAGAUGGUGAUAGACAGUCUUGAUAGGCUAAUCACUUCCUGGGAAGAACGAAAAGAGUCUGUUGUUGUCGAGGGUGUUCAUCUGAGCCUCAACUUUGUCAUGGGACUCAUGAAAAAACACCCAUCGAUCAUACCAUUCAUGGUAUACAUUACAAACGAGGAGAAACACUUGGAAAGAUUUGCUGUGCGUGCGAAGUAUAUGACACUGGACCCAGCUAAAAACAAGUAUGUGAAGUAUAUCCGAAACAUCAGAACAAUCCAGGAUUAUCUCUGUAAGCGUGCUGAAAAGCAUUUAGUUCCCAAAAUAAACAAUACAAAUGUUGACAAGAGUGUUGCAGCCAUUCAUGCAACUGUCUUCAGCUGUCUUCGAAGGCGUGAAGUUGGGGAUCAACUAUACGAUCCUGUUAGGAAUACCGUAACAGUUGUUGAUGAGGAAUACAGAAAUCAAUGUGCAGCCAACUCUUUGAGUUCAAAAGGAAUGUUUCAAUUGAUUCAAAGAAAAGGUUCUUCAAGAGAUCUGAUGGCUUUAGUUAAUACAGAUGGGUCUGUCGCAAAGGCUUGGCCUGUUAAUUCAGUCGAUAGUAAUGGGAAGCCCGUAUGGGGUCCAGGACCAGAAAAUGGAAUGGGACAUCCAAUGUAUGGUCCCUUACGAAUUGGUAAGGCGGAGCCAGUAAAUCUUCAAUUUGGUUUUUAUGGAAUCAGUGCUUGGCCUAGCGAUGGUGGCACUAGUCAUGCAGGAAGUAUUGAUGAUUCAAAAGCUGAUGGGACCGAUACUGGAAGUAGAUAUCCAUCCUCUACCUGUAGCUCACCUAGGAUGUCAGAUUGCCCGGCCAAGGAGCUUAAGGAACACUACUCGGUGCAUGGUAGUGAUGAAGAGAAUGACGACCAGCCAGAUGUGGGCAGUGAUGAGGAUUUCAGUGACGACGGUGACGGUGACAAUAAUGUUGAUGAGGUUGGAUCUGUUGAUGAGGAAUCAACAAAGUCUGAUGAAGAGUACGACGAUCUUGCAAUGCAAGAUGUGUUGGAAAAUGGUUAUUGGUCCGAUGAUGAUUAUGAGUUUACGAGUAAACUUGCUUCCGCGGAGCUUGCAAUUAAAAUCCAUGGAAAUAAGUACAAGCAAAACAUGGAUCACUUUCUCAGAACUAGAAGUGAACCAGUGCCAAUAGAAGUGGCAUCUCAAGAGCCUCUAUGCUCUUAUUCUUCUCUACUUGCUGAAAAAAGUGAGAAGAAAUUCUCAUCAAAUGGUAAUGCCAAAUUAAGAAAACGUUCUCUUAGUAUUCCUGCAAUAAGAAAACAUAGUUCAGCUAUCAAUGAUCCAAUCCUCUCAGGUGCUCCUCAAAGGUUGUAG